AUGUCAACAGGAAACCUCAACAUAGAAACUAAGAACGUCCAAACUGCCCCAGGCGUCAAGCUCUCAGAGCAACAAAAUACAAUCGUGGGCUCCGUCCUCGACCUCUUUGCGGGCCGCCCUUCUCUCCCCAAACUAGCCUUGUGGCGCGACGACGCUACCUUCACCGACCCCAUCACCAUUGCUGAGGGUAGGGAGAAGUACUCCGCGCAAUGGUACGGACUGCAGAGUGCGUUCUCAGAGAUUGAGCGGCUGAGCCACGAAGUCAAGGAUGCAGGGAACCCCAUUAUGAUGGAUCUGAGGACGAGAUAUGUCAUCAAGGGGAUUGGCAAGGAGCAGACGAUUCAGAGUGUUGUUGCUAUACAUUUGGAUGAGCAGGGAAAGAUUGCCAAGGUUGAGGAUAAGUGGGAUGGAAAGUUGCCGGAUAGCAGUAUUGCUAAUGCUUUCCGACACUUGAACGCUGUCACCGUACCCAAGUUCGUCGGUGUACCGAAGAAUGACCAGGAAGAUAAGGAGAGAGGAAACCAGUAG